AUGAUCGGGGAGCUAAUCGCUAAACAGCAUCAUGGUCCGUUCAGAAAACAUGCGCGCCAGUUCAGCCUCCUAGAACACCACUCGCAUCAACUCUUGAAACAGUUCGAGAUUCCAGUUCCCCAUGGGUUUGUAGUGCACAGUCCUGAGGCAGCUCGGGAUGUCGUAUACAAGAUUGGGGCUCCGUCAGUCCUGAAGGCUCAGAUACUCGCCGGUGGACGAGGCAAGGGCAAGUAUAGCAGUGAUGGGAAAGGUGGUGUUCGCAUUGUUGACUCGGCGGACGAGGCUUUUGAAAACGCAUCCAAGAUGCUCGGUUAUUCUCUCGUCACGAAGCAAACUACCUCCAGCGGUAUUCCAGUACACAAGCUAUACAUCUACAAAUCGGUCGAUAUUGCGCAGGAGUUCUACGUGGCUAUCACCUUCGAUCGCCAGCGGUACAUGCCUGUCCUCCUCAUGUCAGACGAUGGAGGUGUCAAUAUAGAGUCGAACGUGAACCAGCUCCAGCGGUUUUGGUUCCAUCUCUCGACCGGAAUCACUCCUGAAAUCGCGGCCUAUAUUGAAGCACAAUUUGGAUUUUCUGACGACGAUAUGCGCGUGGUCACACACAUCUUGCGUCAGCUAGUAACAUUGUUCCGGGAAAAAGACGCGACUCUCCUCGAACUGAACCCCCUCGUGCGGACAACGGAAGGGUCCUUGAUGUGUCUUGAUGCAAAGUUCAACUUCGAUGACUCGGCGAAGUUCCGACAGCCAGAGCUGGUUAGUCUUGAGGAACACUUGCCGGAGGAGAAAGAUGAAUAUGAAGCUUCGAAAUUGGGUCUUUCCUACAUCCGGUUGGACGGUAACAUCGGGGUUAUUGUUAACGGCGCUGGUUUAGCGAUGGCAACUAAUGACUUGGUCACCUUGUACGGCGGGAACUGUGCGAACUUCUUAGAUAUUGGUGGGGGCGCCACUAAAGAGACACUGUCGAAGGCAUUUUCGAUCCUGCAGGGGGAUUCCCGCACGAAAGGGCUGUUCAUAAAUAUAUAUGGCGGGAUUGUUCGGUGCGAUAUGAUUGCUGAGUCGAUCCUGGCUGCUGCUGCUGCGAUGGGAGGGUUCAGGAUUCCAGUUGUCCUUCGACUACAGGGUACAAACUACGAGAAAGGCAUUCAAGAAUCGGGCCUAGAUAAUAUACUUUUAGAGGCCGAUUUCGAUGCAGCUGCUCAAAAGAUCGUCGAGCUUACCCACGGCUCGAGAUGA